ACGGUUGACUACUGCUGUUAUCUGAGAGCGAAAAUGGGUCAGAAAGUUUGUAAAUGCGUUCAAGCUGAAAGUGCUGAUGGCGAUCGUAGGGAUGUGUACACGCUACCUGAACAUCCACCUGUUCAAUCGAGCGCUGAUUCGAGCGAUCAUUCACCUCCACCAGCGGGCGCCACUGACGGAGAUGUGGGUGACAACAGAGAUGCUGGAAGGAGGAAGAGGAGAUUUUGGAGAAAGUUUUGGAGGAAAGGUCGCAGAUCAGCUCAGGGUGAACGAGAAGAGCACACAACACAGCAAAAUACACCUGCGUCAUCAACCGCUGAUGCACGCGACCGUUCACCUCGACCAGAUGAAAACAGAGAUGAGGGGAAGAAGAAGAAGAAGAGGAGGUUUUGGAAGAGGUUGUGGAGAAAAAUUCGCAGUGAGAGAGAAGAAGAGUCUGACAGAAGUCCUGAAGAUCAGAUUCAGAACAAUCUGGAAACUCCUGACCUCCUGAAUGAGGACGUGGAUGUGAUUUAUGAAAUCAACUCCUCUCAGUAUGAGAUAGGUAAAGAGCUGAAUAAAGGAGGAAAUAUAACCGUGUAUGAAGCGACCCGUGUGAGAGACGGCCUUAAGGUGGCAGUGAAGUUUGUCCGGAACAUGUCUCCUGAUUUGAUUUCCAUUCCCGGUCAUCCCUUCGUCCGUCAACGAGAGAUCGGUCUCCAUACGCUCGCCAAUGAAGGAGAACACGUUCCUGAGAUCAUCCGGCUUUUGGACUGGGAGGAGCGUUAUUGCGAAUACAUCAUGGUCCUCGAGCAUCCUUCUCCCUGCAUGGACUUGUUUAAAUUUAUUGAAAGCAGACGAGGACAAAUCUCUGAGAAUUUAGCUCGGAUCAUCAUGCGGCAGGCGGUCAAGGCUGUUACUGAAUGUUUGAAACGGGGAGUUUUCCACAUGGACUUCAUACUGGAAAACUUCCUGAUUAACACCGAAACAUUGGAUGUCAAACUCAUUGACUUUGCCAAUGGCGACCUGCUCAAAGAAACUUGUUACACCAAGUUUUUGGGCACACCGAAUUACUGGUGUCCGGAGUUGGAGGAGGUGGGCGAGUAUCACGCGUUGCCGGCGACAGUCUGGUCACUCGGCCUGAUGCUGUAUGUAAUGAUGUUCUGGGCUCUUCCUGGCAUAAUCACCCGGGAGCAGAUCAACAACCAAGAGUGGGAAAAAGACGAUUUGAGCACGGAAUUCUGCAGGUUUAUUAACGAUUGCCUGCAGGACGAUCCACAUCAACGGAUUCAGCUAAAAGACGUCCUGCUUCAUGAGUGGUUUCAGGUCAGCGGUGUGGAGAUGAUUGACAGCCGUUUCGAGGGGGUGUCUGGAGAUCAGAUGCAGGAAACUCCUGAACUCCUGACGGAGGCCGGAGACCUGCUGACUUCACAUCACUCCUCUGUGUCUGACUGCAGCGAUGAAGAAUUCUGCACACCAACUCUUUCUCUGUUUGACUUGUAUGUCAACGUCCCCCGGCGUACAGUCUCUUCAGGGUCCAACUCAGAAAGUGUUGACAGCUUUCACACCGCUGUCUGUUCUGUGUCGGACCUGCUGCAGAAUAAUGAGGACGGGAAUGUGAUUUAUGUUUUGGAUGAAGUAUUGAACCAGUAG